ACUACUGUUUAAUGCAGGAUCUGUGGUGUAAUCAGUGUGAGGUCAGAGUUGACAGCUUUUGAAUUUUGAUAGCAAUUUAAUGAAUUAGCCUACAUGGAUUUAAAGAAACGGAGAAGAUGUAGCAUUUGUUUUGGUCAACCAAAUUAUUAUCUUUACUAAAUUACAGAUACUUUAUGCUAACAACAUUACCAUUUACAAUACUGCUAUUUCUGAGCACAGACAGUGAUGAACCCAAGUACUCAUAAAAUACAUGAAAGCUGGAGAAAAACGCGCGUUCACCUCCUCAGAGUCUAUUGGGGGGACAAAAACAAAAUUAAUUGAAACAUUAUUAUCUGUUCACAAGGCUAUGCUUCCACAAGUCGCUACAGUGUGACAUGAACAGCAAAUGGCAAUGCAAAUUAGCUAAUUGAUUUCAUUUAUGUUGUGACAACCGGUCUUCCGUUAAUUCAAGUAUGAUUUGGACAGCUCAAGCAGUCCUUGUGAUUAGAGAUCGAGUGUGCUCACUUUCUCACAAUCAUUACUGGUGAGUGUGGCAAAUAAUUUGAAUGGAAAGUAUAGAGCAGAAUUUUGUGAAGUUGUAGCCGAAUUCAGAGAAAUCGAUUUAGAACACAGAACUACUUGUCAGUUGCAACUUCAUUGGUAAUAUCAGCUUCUGUUAGCUACAUAUUUAGAAAGUGUUAGUUCACAGCACUUGUUGUUUCGUUUCAUUUUAUAAUGUCAGCUAGAAAGAAAGACGUGCAAAUACAAGUUGAAAUAGCAAAUGAAGAUCAGUGGGGGGAAGCCUUAUCAACCCCAGGACUUUUUGUUGUGGACGUUUAUCAGGAGUGGUGUGGUCCUUGCAAGGCAGUGCAAAACCUCUUCCGAAAACUACGGACAGAACAUGGAGAUGAAUUCAUUCGAUUUGGGGUGGUUGAAGCCAGCUGCAUUAGUGAGCAUAAAAUACUCAAGGGAAAGUGUCAACCUGCGUUUCUAUUUUAUCUGGAAGGUAAAUUAGUAACAGUUGUUAAGGGAGUCAAUGGACCUCUUUUGCAAAGUGCAAUAUUAGGAUAUAUUGAAAAGCAGAAGAAGAAACAGGAAUUGGGCUCCAAAUACAAAAUGGAGGUGAAAGAAGUAUUCCUAAACGACUAUCAAGAGGCAAGACCACCCAAGGAGACCAUUCCGGAUGAUUCGAAAGACACUGAUGGGAAUUGUCCCUCCUCAGGUCUGGGUUCUUACCAUGUGGUCAUCAUAAAACCAGAUGCUGUGGCUGAAGGACAAGUGCAGACCAUCAAAACAAAAGCCGUGGAUGCAGGAUACUGCGUGGUUGCAGAGGAGGAGAGAGUUCUAAAUGAAAAAGAGAUUCGUGAUUUUUAUAAAGACAAAGCUGAUGAGCCUGAUUUUGUGGAGUUCAUGUCUAGUGGGCCUGUCCAUGCUCUUAUUCUGACAAAGGGAGAAAAUAUGGAUGAUGAAAGUCCAGAUGCCCUCACAGAAAUGAUUGAUCCGGUCCAAGUCGACCUCAUCAGGCCAAAACACAGGUCAGAAGAUGGUCAGGAGGUGAUUCUGGAGGUGUGCGGGGACAGCCGGGAACUUGCUAGCAGACAGCUGGGUUUCUUUUUCCCGUCCUUCGAUUUCAGUACAGGAACAAUGGGGAAGAAGGACUCCAGGACCCAGAGGACAGUGGCUCUGAUUCGGCCUAGUCUUGUGAAGGAGAAAAAAGAUGAGAUUUUGCAGGCAAUCCAUGAUGCAGGCUUCCAGGUGGCCAUUCAGAAAGAGAUGACUCUGUCUGAAGAGCAGGCCAGAGAGUUCUAUAAAGAGCAUGAGGGCCAAGACUAUCUCCAGAGCUUAAUAAAUCACAUGACCAGUGGUCCAGUGCUUGCUCUGGCUCUAACCCGGGAAGGGGCUGUCCAACACUGGAGGAAUUUACUGGGUCCCAAGAUCCUGGAGGAGGCUAAAGAGACGUGCCCUGAAAGUUUGCGCGCACAGUUUGCCAUUGACGACGUGGCAAUUAAUCAGCUUCAUGGCAGCUCCACAAUGGAGGAGGCACAGAGGGACCUGGAGCGCUUCUUCCCUGUGGAGCACACACUCGCCAUCAUUAAACCAAAUGCCUCACAGGAACACAAAGAUGACAUCGUUAAUCGUAUUGAGGCAGCAGGGUUUAGCAUCUCUCAGGUGAAGGAGACACAGCUGACCAGAGAGAUGGCCGAAAACUUCUACAAGCAACACUCUGACAAAGACUUUUUCAACUCUCUGGUGGAUUACAUGACUCAAGGUCCGUCAGUGAUGAUGAUCCUGAGCAAGGAGAACGCCAUCUCUGAGUGGAGAGAGAUGAUGGGCCCGGUGGACCCAGAGCUGGCCAAGGAGGUGAACCCCAACUCCCUGAGAGCGCACUUUGCCAAAAGCAUCCUGGAGAAUGCUGUCCACGGGUCCUCAAAUUCUGAGCAUGCCAUGGACAACAUCGGCUUCAUCUUUGGGGACGUCAGCUUGUAGCCACCGUGGUUAAAGUUUAAUGGCAGAAACAAGUUUUAUGCCUCUUUACAUCAGACUUCAUUCACUGUUUCCCAUCUCAGACAAUAAAAUGAUGUAGAACA